GUUUUACAGCGGUGCGUGACAAUCGAGCAGGUUUCUGUUUGUGCAACACAAACUUUAUUUUUGUUCCAUCGGCUCGAAUAUCAGUGACACUGUUUCUGUUUACCUGAGAUGAAGAUUGCAGCUUUUGCACAAUAAUAUUCUGCUUUUAUCAGCGGAUAAAGAAGGCAGAAGAGAUUUAUUUUUGAAACUUUUUAUAUGAUCUGAGGAGGAAACACUCGCUGCACCUGCUACUGCUGCUGACUUACUGAUCUCAGUACAGAUGUUGAGAAUGAAAAUCCUGUAACACGAUAUAUAUCUUUUUUUUUCUUUUUACAACAGCUCCAGACAAAUUUUUUUUUUUUUUUUUGGACUAAACAUGGAGUCAAAAAGGCGACAGGAGAAGAUUCUGGCUCUGAUUUUUCUACUUGUUUUGUCUGUUCAGGGCGACUUUGUGGAGCCUCCUGAGCCUGACACCUCGCAGGUUUCCCUGGCAGAGAGUCAGACCAGACUCCCCUGUCAAUACCAGGUGGAGGAUGACGAGAAGGUGGUUCAGGUCACCUGGUACAAGGAACUUCCAGAUGGCACCAAGGACCAGAUCAUCACAGGUCACUUCACAGAUGGCCACACAGAAUUUGGGCGUUACUCGGGCCGGGUGAGGUUCGAGAGCAGCACCCCGACGCUGAAUGCUGCUCUGCUGAUCCCUAACACCGAGGAGUCGGACGAAGGCAGCUACACCUGCCAGAUCACCACCUUCCCCAAUGGAAACUUUGAGAGACACAUCACGCUCACCGUCUGGAUUCUACCCAUCUCCUCCCUGGACCCGGUGGUCCUCAUAGAGGGCCAGUCGUACCGCGUAGUCGCCUCCUGCCGGGCUGUGGGUCGCCCGGUCCCCCGUCUGUCCUGGGACACUGACCUGCCGGGUCAGCAUCAGGACAGAACCAACGAGGGCGGCUCCGUGUCCAGCUACUACUCCCUCCACCCUCUGCGCAGCAUGAACGGGAAGAAGCUCGACUGUUUGGUGUCGCAUCCCAGCCUGGAGCAGCCACGGAGGAUCUCCAACCGCCUGGAGGUUCAUUACCCCCCAGAUGCCACCAUCUCCCCGUCCUCAGGCCAGUGGUACGCGGGUUUGGAGAAAGCUGAGCUCUCUUGUGAAGGCAGAGGACACCCCAAACCUCACAACAUCUCCUGGACACGGAAAGGAGGAGCACUGCCAGAUGGGGUGUCUGUAGUUGGAGGGAAACUCAUUUUCGCGCGAGCCCUUCGUAGUAAUGACAGUGGGGUCUAUGAGUGUGUGGUCACGAACAGCGUGGGAUUCGGAAAAACAGAUUACACACUGACAGUAGCAGAGACUUCUCCACGCGGGUCAGAUUUUCGUCCCGAUAACAACCAGCUGCUGAUUAUUAUUGGUGCCUCAGCCGGUGCGCUGGUCCUGCUCUUGGUCAUCAUCGUCUUGCUGGUCAACCGCCACCACCGGCACAAAACCAAAAAGCUUGAAAUGGCGCUCAGUGAAAAAUCGGAUGAAAUUAAAACCCUCUCCAGACAGGCCUCCUUCAGGAGAGUGAACUCCGUCAGCACAGACUUCAGGCUGCAGGGUGACGAUUAUGCUCUGCUCAGAGUGGACAGCCGAAUGAAAAACAGCCAAAUGUCUCUGGAGCGUCCCAUCUACAGGGGCAGCCAGUCCACCCUGGUGGGGAAGUGGGGGCCUCCUGGAGAGGUGGAGGUGGAUGAACUGGGACGUCCCGUCAUCUGGCACGAUGGGAUGAGCCUGAGGAGAUCAGAGAUGGAUGGAGAGAAGGAGGAGCGGCGGAGGAGGGUGGAGUCGUUCCUGAAGAGCAGCAACAUGUCACUGGACUCAGGUCUCCCUUCAUCUCUGGUUCCCCUGAAGGCCCAGCAGGACGACGCCGUCGGGCCCAGAGACCCGGAGCUGGGUCACGCCAGAGGGGGAGACUCUCCUCGUGGGGAGGGCUGGACUCCCCCUCAGACUGUGACUGAGGGGCAGGAGGACGAAGAUGACGACAGCAGCCGCUCCAACCAGAUUUCUGAGACAUUAAACGCUCACUUUUACUACAGCAAUGGCGUCCUCAGGCCCAGACCGCACUCCAAUGCCAUCCUGCUGCACCCCAGAUCACAGAUCGUCUAGAUCAUCUUCAUCCCUGCAUGGACAGUGAAUUUUGUCUUGAUAACCACCCAAACACUAGUCAUUUUUGCCUCUUAUUGGUGGGAUGUUGACCCUUUAUUCUUAAAUUGCCUUUAUCAGUUAGCUGACAGUCAGGAGAUGACAAGAAAUGAUGGGGAAGGGUCCUUGUUUUACAGGACUCUGGGAUGUUGUAGCUCACAGCAGGGCCACUGCAUAAUUGGAAAGUUUUUGAUUUUAAUUAUUUUAUACAUCCAAUAAUGGAGAGUUAAGAGGCUCAAGAUUUUUGCCUUUCACCAAAAGCGCGUAAAUGAAAACUCUUUCUGCUCUUUAACUUGCGUGGAAUUAAGGUUCCAGUUACACCAUGUUUACUCUACAGGGUACAACCAUUUUGCACACAGAGCUACUGGUUAAAUCACAUCGACGUACAAACUCACAAAGAUGAAUCCUGCCUCUCGAUCGUGGUGCUUUGUUUACAGCAACAUUCAGGGAGGACAAUACGGACAAAACAUGAUCCAAGGACAAAGCAAACUUUACUUGGCUGCUUGGUAUCUCAAGCUCGGAUGCAUCUCUGAAUGAGAAGGUAGUGUGCAUUUGUGUAUGUAUGUAUUAUAGAUAGAAAUAUAGAGCUGCUGUAUGUUUAUUAUUGUAUCUUUAACAGUUACCUGCAACCACCGAAAAGUCAAAAAAAGCUCCUCUGGAUGAGGAAGUGGACCGAUAUUGAUCCAGCUCAUGGAUGAAAUGCAGCAAACCAGAUUCCAUGAUGGCAUUAAUGUCAUGAUAUAUUCCCUUUUUUUCAUGAACUGUAAAUAUCUUCUGUAUAAAAGCACUGUCAGGUGAUAACAAAUACACCAUACAUUGUUUUUUCUAUGUGUUUUUCUACGAAACUCCAAAAGUGACAUGUAAAAGUUUCGAUGUUUAUUCAUAAAAGAACAGCGUAUGCAAUUUUUAAAAACAAAUAAAUUGUUCUGUACUGUAAUUUGGUGGGAUUUAAGCUAAUUUCUCCUCAUGAAAGAGGGUUAAUGGUUCAUGAUGUCACUGCAGUAACACAGUAAUGCAGCAGAUGUAUUAAACUGCAGUUGUCCUUGUUCUGAC